AUGGCUGGAGGGCCGUUGGGAUUCUGGAAUGACUGGGCGUCCCAGAUUGGGGUUCUCUUGAGCCUCUUCUUCCAGGUCAUGCUCCAUAUCUUUGCCAACAUCCGUCGGCAUAAAGACGGCUCAAAUUGGCUGAGGUUCCCCCUCUGGGUGGCGUACCAGCUGUCCGACUCCACUGCGACAUAUGCCGCUGGCCAGCUCCUCUUAAGCGGCGCAAAAAAAGACCACCACCUAAUCGCCUUCUGGGUGCCGUUCCUCCUACUGCACCUCGGCGGCCCGGAUAACAUCACCGCCUACGCCCUCGAGGAUAGCAAGCUCUGGGGGCGCCAUUUGCUAAUCCUUCUGGUCCAGGUCCUGGGUGCUGGAUAUGUCCUAUACAAGCAUAUUGUCGGUAGCGGGACCUUGCUCAUGGUGGCUGCCAUCUUGAUAUCUGUUGUCGGUGCUGCAAAGUAUGGGGAGAGGACAUGGGCGCUCCGAUCCGCCAAGUUCAGCAGCCUCCGGAGCUCUCUCAAGGUACGGGCACAUGGCAUACAUCACCAGCAAUUUUACACCGAGUAUCAAGACUGGUACAGCGAUGACGAACUAGUCCUGCAGCAUGCUCACUCCCUGUUUCAUAUCUGCAAGCGUGGGAUAGUUGAUUGCGUGAUUGCGGUGGAUGACUCGGAUAGCCAGAAUGAGGUAGAUUCUCUGGACAGCAAAAUAAUCCAGGGCUUUUCGAAAGACCGUCAACACAUGUGGAGGGUGAUGGAGAUGGAGCUCUCCCUCAUGUAUGAUAUCCUGUACACAAAGGCAAGCGCAGUCCACACUUGGGUUGGCUACUGCAUCCGUGUCAUCUCGCCGCCCGCCAUUGCCACCUCUCUCGUCUUGUUCCAGUUGAGCAGCAAAGAUGAUUACAGCCUAGUUGAUGUUGCCAUCACGUACACCUUGUUGGUUGGCGCCUUGUUCCUGGAGACGAAAUCGCUCCUUGUCGCACUAGGGUCAAGCUGGGUCUUUGCCUUCUUGUGUACCACACAAUGGGAUUGGCUCCGGCAUUCUGCUCUGUGUUCUGGAAGAUGGCAUUGGCUUCGGCACACACUUUUUUCUGUUCGCCGGUUUUGGCCUGGCAAGAUGAUCAUGACAGUAAGCUCAAGGAGAUGGUCAGGCACCAUGGGGCAGCGCAACAUGCUGCGGUCUUGUGCCAGACAGGUGGAUCCGAUGAGUCAAUGCCUAGGCAAUCUGUCCAAGAUGCUGAACCUUGGUGAGUGGUGGGACAGGAGGCAGUUGUGGACCAUUGAUGUCCCUGAGAAGGUCAAGAAGUUUGCAUGGAGUAAUGUCACAGCAAUUGAUAUGAACACAAUGGGCUUGCUCAGGACUGGAUGGGGUAAAGCGGCACUGGAUGAAGAGCACUACCCUGGGCUGUUGAUUGAGUUGGAUGUCUUUCAUGGAGUUGACUUCCAUGAGAGCGUCAUCAGCUGGCACAUCGCUACCGACUUGAUCCUUGCUGCAACAGACCGAAGGGGCGAUCACGUGUCUGACGAUGAGGUGGAGCUAGUCAGUGUACUGUCCAACUACAUGAUGUUCCUCCUCGUGGGCUCCCCCGACAUGCUACCAGGCCUUCCUCAAAACUGGUUGUACGAGCAAACCUGCAAACAGCUAGAGAAGAUACGCAGUAAACACGUUGCUGGUUCUCCUCGCAAAAGCGUCUACACUGUGCUGAAGAACUUGUUCCGACCACACCAUCACCGUGGCUGGAAACCUUCUGAGCUUGAGAAGGAGAUCGCCAUUGACAUACUGAAAGAGCUGGAAGACCCCAACUUCAAUAAUCCUAGGCUCAGUUAUGCACGCACUAUUGCGAGAACAGUGCUUCGUAGAAAGGAAAAUAAGGUUUGGAUGCUGCAAAGGCUGUGGUUGGACUUCCUAUUCUACGCAGCCAACCGGUGCAACAGGGAGGCGCAUGCGAGGAAGCUUGGCAGCGGCGCAGCAGAAAGUCACGCCCAGUUGGUGUUCUGUGAAGUAACAGGUUCUGGCGGAGUUCCUCUAGUGACGGAGAGCUUAAGGUGCAGUACUUUUGCCAACUGGCAAGUUUCAGUACUCCUACUGAAAGCAGUAGUAGGAAAUUCACCUGUUACUGGAACAAGACCAUCUGAUAUUGGCCCUGGCAGGUCCUGCUCAGCAGCAAAGAUAUGGCAGCAGCAGUUCCUGCUCGGCAGCAAAGAGGAGGCAGCAGCAGUACUAGGCGAGCAGCAGCAAAGAGGAUGGAGGCGCCAGCAGCAGGGGGAUGGUGGCCUGGCCAUGGCUGAGGAGGGAGAGGUGGAGGGUGAAGGGAGGAGGGAGAGGUGGAGGCGGGGCUGGAGGUAG